CUACAACACAUCAUGCAAUUACUCUCACCAGACCUUUCCGCAAUAUGUACAUCAAUAUUUGGUAUCUUUGAACACACAAAAUUCUGAAUUGAUUAAUUGGAAAUCGCUUGUUCGUUGAUUGUGAGUUGUCCGCUCCGAUCGACGACGCCAUGCCACGGCCUAUCACAACCUCCCUAAAUAAGUGACAGUUGAAACGACGACGUGUGAUCCGACAUGACACAAAUCAGUCCUGAUAGUAAUCAGAUUGAUGGAAAGAAGUCAGAACAUGGCACGAAAUCCAAGCAUGAUAACAACACAUCCCAGAAUGGUACGGUGCAGGAAACACAUCAAGAUGCACCAAACAAAGAUGGUCAGACCAACCUUCGGGAGAGAAUCAGGCACUUUACGUGGGCUUGGUUCACGUCGACAAUGAGUACAGGAGGGCUGGGUAUCGCGCUUGCUGAAACACCACAUAGAUUUACGGGCCUUUACGCAAUUGGAGUUGCUGUCAUGAUUCUCAACAUUGCGCUUUUCCUUUUUCUGAGCGGUCUGAUGGUUGCUCGUUGCCUUAUUGAUCCUGUGCGAUUUAAACGAUCCUUCAUACAUCCGGCCGAGUCAUUCUUCUUCGGUUCCUAUCUUUUGAGUAUGGUCACAAUUAUCGGAAACAUCCAACUAUAUGGCGUAACUUUAGGCCCGGCAAGCCCAUGGUUAAUCUCCGCUAUUCACUCCUUGUACUGGAUCUACACUGGCGUCGCCGUAGUUACUGGAACCCUCCAGUUCUGGGUAUUCAUGGCGAGAACGCCUGCAAGGCCUGUCCCAGUAAAUCCAGCCUGGUUUCUGCUGGGCUAUUCGAACAUGCUUAUCGGGACAUUAAGCGCAUUGAUAGCCCAUAGUCAACCGCCAGAGAGAAGGGCCGCCGUGCUCGUCUCUGGGUUGACAUUCCAGGGCUUCGGCUUCUUAUUCUCUCUCCUAUUGCUGACCAUGUAUCUGACCCAGCUCUUUGAAAGAGGGUUGCCCCCACCAGAUAUGAGACCUGGGAUGUACAUACCCCUUGGACUAUUUGCAUACACCAUAGUGGCACUCAUAGGACAAGCAAAGGCAAUCCCAAGAGACUACGGAUACUGGGCAUCGCACCCGAUGUCUGUAGAGAUACUGCAAACUAUGGCAUUGCUCAUUGGAAUCUUUAUAUGGUUCUUCACAUUUUGGCUUUUCGCUAUUGCGACGAUAAGCUGUGUCAUGAGUAUCGGGAAGAUGGGCUUUAAGCUGCCCUGGUGGGCGUUCAUUUUCCCAAACGUCGGGUUCGCUGUCGGCACCGCAAAGAUUGGGAUUGAGCUGCAAAGCGAGGGAAUAAUGUGGCUCAGUAGUGUCAUGACCGUGCUGUUGGCAGGCAUGUGGCUCUUUACGGUAGUUGCAUGCAUCCGUGGAGUGUGGAUGAAGAGGAUUUUGUGGCCGGGAAUGGACGAGGACAAGGAUAUGUAAAUGUACGCAGAGGUGUGACAGCCCACUACCUCUACAUAUAGAACACUUGGGAUAUGCUAUCUAUUCUCACAGUUCUGCAUCCGAUUGCACACUUUGAUAUUCUUGAAGG